AUGCAUGCCAAAGGGCCUCGCGCCCUCUCCUCGUCGUCGGUGGCAGCCCGCGCGACCCUGUCUGCAGUGUCCACACGCCGUUGCUUCCAGACUUCUCAUCGAUUCCGCGCCAAUACCCCCGAAAACCCUCCCGCUGCCGACAAUGGACGCCAACCAGGCAAGCCAGACGGAGAUCAGCCCAGCGCCAGUCGCAAACAGAACAAUGCCGUGACGGAAUCUCUUGUCGAAUCACCGAUUCGUCGUGUGCGCGGCAGUGUGUUUUCCUCUGGCCGACAGCGACCACAUCGGGCCAGGGUUGUUGAUGACUUCCCUCCCAUCAAGCUGCCCCAAAGCUUCCUCGAUACCAACAUAUCCGUCUUCGACCCCGCAGAACGCUUGCGUAUUCUUGCUGCGGAUCCGAUCUGGCAUAGAGGCUAUGCGAGGCUGCUGUCUGGUAACGACCUCGAGGCUGUCUCCAGGCGUAUUGGAGUCCUCGGCGAGACGGCACAAUGGCUAGAUCAAUGCCUGGGAGACAUGUGGUCCCCUGCAUUCACGCGACCAUCCUCCGAGUCCGAGUUUCCAAAAGAUCUCUCGAUCGCCUUUCUGGAGGCCAAAUCAACGUCAGAUAUCGUCUCGAUCAUUCUGUCACCCGAGAGGAAGGUUGACAUACCACGACACAAGCUUCUCUCCAAGGACAAGCGCAAAAAGGUUGCCAGUGAUGAUGACUUCUUGCGAGCGCGUAUCGAUGACCAUAUCCAACGCAUCAGCAACCAAGAGGAGGCAAGUGCCGAAAACGAACCUCCGCUGGUCACCGAAAAACUCCCCUCAAGCCUUGAAGAGCAUGGAUCUCGGAUAUAUAACAACAAACUCCUAGGAGAGUUGGCUUCGGCUGUACGCGCCGAGCUACACCUACGACCCGACGAAAGCUGGGUGCGCCGGGAGCUGAAGAGACCGCUGGUGGUGGUUAACAUACCAAACUACAACGGCACGUACCCCUCACAGAGGCUCCUCAAGCGUAUUGCGGCACAGGUCGACGCCAACGUCAUUAGAAUCGACGCUCAGGACCUGGCUGUGCUGGUUGGAGGAUAUCUUGGCCAGGACUCUGCCUAUUAUAAAGGCUCCAUGUCAAUGCUUGCGUAUAGGACAGCCGAGAUGAAUGGCAGACUGGCAAAGGGAGCAGAAAUUUCGACUGUCUCUGCGGACGACGAAAUGUCAGGGGACAUUGAGGCUGCAUGGGUGAACAUCCGUCAACACGGCUCUGGCAGCGCUUACAAGAGCCCCCUCGAGGAAGAGCUCCAAAAAAUCAAGGAAGGCGCCAGAGAUUAUGUGCUGCCCUCCGUCGAUCGAUGGGAAAACCUCAAGAUCAACGCUGCGUUGGAUCACAUGGUCCAAGCAGCCAUCGCCAAGUCGUCCGAGGCCCAACAGCCACUCAUUAUUCAUGUGGACAACUAUGUUGAGCUUACUAUGACACUCGAGGGCGCCCUGCUCCUAGGACGACUCCGCAGUAUCGUGGACGGGUUGUGGCGCGACGGAAAGCGUGUUGCCCUCGUGGGCACGUCAGCAAACGAGGACCCUUCGGAGCAGUACGUGUCUACGCUGGGGGAGAUCGCUGCCGAAGAAUGUCUCAUCACGUUCCCUCUGCAGCACCAGCGGAUUCCGGACUGGCAAGCUAAGAAGGAGCGCCGUGAAGCAAUGGACUUUGUGCAGGAGAAUCUGCGAAACAUUUUAGCAGUGUCGCGAUCGAUGAACGGCGACUUCGAGUCCGAAAGCGAACAAUUCUCUACCUUACUUUCCAGCCUCAACUCAGCACAGAGACUAAGCCAAACCCCGGACGGCAUUGACAUCGAUCUGUCAGCCUUUCCUUCCAGCUUCACCACCUCAGUACUUUCCGGGCCGGACGUGUAUCAUAUCGCUCGGCUUUUCCACGGCUUGAAGCUUAACAAACCCAGUACCAAGGCAGCGCUACAGAUUUUUUUGGACGUCAUUGGGUCACAUAGCGCCAACAUUGUCCAUGCCAGUAACAAAGCGGACGAGGAAAAGGAGAACUUUUCUUCGUCACGAACAACAACCCAGCAAAAGGCAGAGCCCGAGCGUGUCCAGGUGGGCGGCCACAAGUAUAACGAGUUUGAGAAGAAGCUUUUGACGGGCCUUGUCGACGUGAAAGAGAUCCGGACCACCUUCGCCGACGUUCACGCACCACCGGCCACCAUAUCUGCCCUCAAACUCCUCACCUCGCUCUCCCUCGUCCGGCCCGAGGCCUUCGCUUAUGGCGUUCUUGCCAACGACAGGCUUCCCGGCUGUCUCUUGUACGGCCCGCCAGGCACGGGCAAGACUCUACUGGCCAAGGCUGUCGCCAAGGAAAGUGGUGCCAGCAUGCUCGAGGUCAGCGGCGCCAGCAUCAACGAUAUGUACGUCGGCCAGAGCGAGAAGAAUGUCCGCGCUCUCUUCUCCCUUGCCAAAAAGCUGAGUCCCCUUGUCAUCUUCAUCGACGAAGCCGACGCGCUCUUCGCUGCCCGCGGGCAGUCAAGGUCGCGACCCUCGCAUCGUGAGACGAUCAACCAGUUCCUCAGGGAGUGGGAUGGCAUGAGCGACACGAAAGCGUUCAUCAUGGUCGCGACCAAUCGGCCCUUCGAUCUCGACGAUGCCGUGCUCCGGCGCCUGCCCCGCAAGAUCCUGGUUGAUCUACCCCUCCAAGAAGACCGCGAAUCUAUCCUGCGUAUUCUGCUCAAGGGCGAGCAGCUCGAUGCCUCGGUGUCCAUUGAAGACAUCGCCCGUCGCACUGUCCUCUACUCUGGCUCCGAUCUGAAGAACCUUACUGUCGCUGCCGCCAUGACUGCUGUGCAGGAAGAGCUCGAGCAGGCUGCCUUGUAUACGGGCUCAGAGCCGUAUGUUUACCCUGAGCGAAGAACGCUGCUCAAGCGUCACUUUGACAAGGCGUCCGGGGAGAUUGCUGCCAGCAUCAGUGAGGAUAUGGACAGCCUCAAGUCCAUCAGGAAGUUUGAUCAAAAGUACGGCGACCAGCGGAGUCGCAACCGCAAGCCCAGGACAAUGGGCUUUGGUAUUAUGCCGACCCCGACCGACGCAGAGGAUGCCCGCGUGCGGCCAGCUGUGCCUGCAUAG